CAUGCGCAGAGAGGCAGCGAGGGAGCGCCGGGCGUGGGUGCCCCGGGGGGGGUGCUCCCGCUUGGCCGCCGCGGGCUUCCAGUGCUCCCGCCGGUUCGGGGAAGGCGACCGGAGCUUCCCAGGGGAGGAGACAGAAUUCGGGCUCAAGGCCCGGGUUUCGGGACAGCGCUGCGACCUGAAAGCGGGGCCGCCCGCGGGUCGGAGGGGGUACGCGGCGCUUGCGCACGGGAACCCUCGCGCCCCGGGCGCCCUGCUCCGCUGCGCACCUGGGCCGCCUGGCGCUGCCCGUCGGCCUGGGCUUGUCCGGCAGGUGAUGGCGCAGGACCAGCCUCUGCUCGCCGUGCGGCAGGCCCUGAGGGGCUGCUUCCCCGCCGUGCAGGAGCAGCAGCGCCGCUGGCGGGGCGCGCUCGGGGACUGCCGGCCCCUGCUGGCGGCGCUCGGCAGCCUGGCGGAGCAGCUGCAGGCGGCUCAGAACGCGCGGCUGGACGACGCGCCCCCGCUUCGGGCCUUCCCGGGCCUGCGGGAGCGGCUGCGGCGCAAGCAGCUGGAGGCUGGCGACGACGUGUUGGACAAGCUAGGGGAGACGCUAGCCACCCUCCUCAAGGUGCGUGACGUUGUCAGCAGGCACGUGGAACAAGUGUUUGAGGUCUAUGAGCGGCACGCAGACGCGAUUGGCAUUGAUGCUGUCCAGCAGGCUUCAGCGGUGAGCCCCUCUGUGGCUGACAUGUUGGAGUGGUUGCAGGAUAUUGAGAGACACUAUCGAAAUGCUUACCUGAAGAGAAAGUACCUCCUGUCCUCGAUCCAGUGGGGAGACUUGGCAAACAUCCAAGCUUUGCCCAAGGCCUGGGACCAAAUUUCAGAAGAUGAGCACCAAAGCCUUGUACAAGAUACCCUGUUGAAUGUUUCCUUUUUCCUGGAAGAGUAAGAAAGCUGUGUGUCAGCAGACAAGGGGGACGCAGCUGAAGACUGAUAUUGGUGCUUUCUAGUGUGGUGACCUGACAUACUUGAAAAAUCAGUGCCUAGGGCAACCCGAAUGGCUCAGCGGUUUAGCAGCACCUUCAGCCCAGGGCGUGAUCCUGGAGACCCGGGUUCCAGUCCCACAUCGGGCUCCCUGUAGGGAGCCUGCUUCUCCCUCUGCCUGUAUCUCUGCCUCUUUCUCUGUGUCUCUCAUGAAUAAAUAAAUAAAACCUUAAAAAAAGAAAAGAAAAA